AUUUUAGAAUAUCUGAUUAAUCCAAGUCCUAAAUAUCUCAAGACUAUGAAUUAUUUAAUCUUUUAUUUAAAAGAAAUAAAAAACUUGAUUAUUAAAUUUAGUUCUAGCUUUAUUUUAUUUUAUAUAGCCAGUAAUACUAGUUUUGCUGAUAAUUAA